AUGAAUGCUGAUACAUUAGCUGAUGCUCUUGAUAAUUUAUCAAUACCAAUUGAAUUAUUACCAAUGGUACGGGAACCAUUACCAGCACCAACAACGCAAGAUGAUAAUAUUCAGUACGUUUAUUUUUAGAUAUUUUCUAAAAUGAGUGUCGAGGGCAUGAUACUGAUUAGAAUCGACUUUUUACAUCUUCGUGUUUUUGCUCUAAUAUGUCCACGAAAUUGUGAAAUGAGAUUGUGAUAAAUUUAUAGCAAAAAAAAUUUCAGAGAUUCACAUAUGUGACAUACACUCUUGAAUAGCAUCGACAGACAUUGAUUUGAAUAGUUAUAUAGAAUGUCCGUAGACUAUCAAUAUUUGCAGAAGCAAUCUAACCUAAGAAAAGAACUCAUUAGUAUUUUUUUUGAACGAAUAACACACAACAUAUUCAUUUAUGUUUAAUGUACAUUUACGAACAGGGAUGUGCCCAUGAGGAUCGGGAAGGGUAUCGCAUCUCCCACUUUUGAAAAAAUUUCAUUUUUUCUAGCAAAAAUUGAUUUUUAUUCAAAAAUAGGUUUUAAAGGGAAAAAAAUGUUUCAUCUCUCCCACUUUAAAAAAAUUAUAUCCAUUCCACCAGUUUUCAAAAAAAUUCUUUUGGACUUUCGCCCCUCUCCGUCCCAUUUUUUAUGCCACAUCCAUUA